AUGAACGCUACACACUGCAUCUUGGCUUUGCAGCUCUGCCUCCUGGCGAUUUCUGGCUGCAGUAGUCAGGUCCCAAUCAUUGAAGAAAUAGAAAAUUUGAAGAGAUAUUUCAACUCAAGUAACUCAGAUGUAGGGGAUAGUAAGGACGUCGUUUUACAUGUCUUGAGGAACUGGCAAGAGGAUGGCGACACAAAAGUAAUUGAUGUCCAGAUUGCCUCUUUCUACUUCAAACUCUUUGAGGCCUUGAAAGGCAACCAAGCCAUUGAGAAGAGCAUAAACGUCAUCAGGGCAGAACUAAUCGCUAACUUCUUUAACAACAGUGAAGCGAAAUACGAUGGCUUCAUGAGCAUCACGAAGAUUGAGGUAAAUGACCCACAGAUCCAGAGCAAAGCUAUCAAUGAACUCGUCAAAGUGAUGAGCCAUCUGUCACCCAGAGUUACCCUAAGGAAGCGGAAAAGGAGUCGGUGCUGCUUCGGAGGUGGCAAUCGUCUAAAUAAGAAAAAUCCUGCCAGCACUAUUUGA